AUGAAAGCACACAAGCCACGUGAUGGGCCUGUUCAGGAAGAACCACAACAGCUGGACCAGCCGGACGAGACGUUUAUAAAUAAUUCAGAUUAUGACAAUUCGACUAUGAAGCAGGAAGCGUCAGAUCACGUCCAGUCUGAUGAAUCCAUGGAUGAGGAAGAUGGAGAUGGAGAUGGAGAUGAAGAUUUGAAUAAUUCAACGUUUGUGGAUGCCAACGGGGGCGAGGAAGAUAAUACUAAGGUGGAAGAGGAGGAUGAAAAUGUCACUUUGGCUGAACUUGAGGACCUGAAGAUCUUGCCUGAGGAGAACCAGAGGGAGAAGGAACCGGUGGCGCCGCUUCCACUGCACCCGCCGUCUUCACGGGAAUCCACUACGAAACCUGCCUUGGAGUUGAAGAAGGCUGUCAAACAGAAGGACGAGAUCAAGCCCAGGUUGGUGAUCCGCAAGCUUAUACUCACCAACUUUAAAUCCUACGCUGGCGUUCAGGAGAUUGGGCCUUUUAAUGCAUCUUUUUCCGCUGUGGUGGGGCCCAACGGUUCGGGAAAGUCUAAUGUUAUCGAUUCGAUGCUUUUCGUUUUCGGUUUCCGUGCCCUGAAAAUGAGACAGGGUAAGCUUUCUGAGUUGAUUCAUUCUUCGGAGUCUGGCCAGAAACUUGAUUUUUGUCAGGUUGAUAUCCAUUUUUGCCAUGUUAUAGAUGACCCCGUUGAUCCGCUAGCCGCUUCUGACGUUUCUGGCUCCGAAAUCGUUAUCAGCAGAAAAGCUACAAGAGGCAAUACCUCUCAGUACUACCUUAAUGGCAGAUCCAGCAAUUACACAGAUGUUACACAGUACUUGCGUGACCAGGGAAUUGAUCUAGAUCAUAAACGUUUCUUGAUAUUGCAGGGUGAAGUGGAAUCCAUCUCGCAGAUGAAGGCCAAGGCCGAGAAGGAGAACGAUGACGGUUUGUUGGAGUACCUAGAAGAUAUUAUUGGUACCAGCAAGUAUAAGUCAUUGAUAGACGAGAAUCUAGGCAAGAUGGAUGAGCUUAAUGAAGUUUGCCUAGAGAAAGAGCAUAGAUUUGAGUUGGUUGAGAACGAUACGAAUAUUCUUGAGGAAAAGAAGAAUGACGCGUUGCUCUUUCUAGAAAAAGAGAAGCAGCUCACCAAUAAGAAGUCGGUCAAGUUUCAGGUAACCAUACAUGAGAAUCUGCUGUCGCUUUCGAAGUACGAGAAGACAGCCAAUGAAGUGGCCGAGCAGCUUAGCGAAGAGAAGAACAAGAACAUGGAGCUCAAUAUUGAGGUUGACGAAGCCCACAAAAAGAAGCAAACUCUCCAGAAGCUGAUAUCAAAGGUUAACGAGAAACUUACCCUGGCCAAUAAGAAGCAUAAGACGUGCAAUAAUAAGAAUGUGGCCCUCGAGGAGAGAGUUAAGAACUUAGAGACCAAGGCAAAGAAAAUUGAAAAGACAAAGCAAACUUCUGAAAGAACUUUGUCCUCUUCUUCUCACCAAUUGAAGACUCUCCGAGAGACUGAAGACCAAGCUGCUCAGGAUUUGAGUUCCUUGAAAGAAUCUUUGGAGAAGGAGAGCGCAAAGCUUUUUCAGCUUCGUGAAAAGCUUGCUGAUAAGACAUCUCAUUUUUCGAAAGAAAUUCAGGAGCUCGAAGCCCAACUUCUUCCGGUCAAUGAUAAAGUGAAAGAAAAAGAGAGUGCUAUUCAACUUAUCAAGUCGGAGCUUGAAAUGCUUGAGGAACAAUCCAAAAGAACAGACCGUCAGCUUCAGCAGGCUUCCCUGAGGCUCCAGGAAAUAAAGAAAGAGGGUAAAGAGAAGGAAGCCGAACUAGACUCAUUAGAAAAGAAGCUUGGCCACAUCAAGGAGCAAAUACUCUUGGGUGAGGAGCAAUGUGAAAACUCGAGAAAGCUGCUUGAAAAGAAGAAGCAUAGACUUAAUUCUGCCCGUCAGCAAACGCAAGACGCUAUUAAUGCGGUUUCCAAUACCCAAAACAAGAACAAGGUCUUAGUUAGCUUGACGAAGCUUGCAAAGUCGGGUAGAAUUUCAGGUUUCUUUGGUCGUCUCGGUGACUUGGGUCAGAUUGACGACAAGUAUGAUGUUGCCAUCUCUACUGCAUGCCCAGGUUUGGACUCUAUGGUUGUUGAUACCGUCGAAACAGCCCAAGCCUGUAUUGAUUACCUCAGGAAGAACAAGCUCGGAUAUGCUAAUUUCAUCUGUCUUAAUAAGCUUCGAAACUUUGACCUCGGUCCUAUCCAAACUCCUGGAAACCCCAUGAGCGUGAAGAGACUUUUUGAUUUGAUCAUUCCAAAAGAUAAGCGUUUCUUGCCAGCAUUUUACAGCAAGCUUUAUAACACUUUGGUCGCCAACAACCUUCAAGAAGCUAAGAGCGUUGCUUAUGGCGCAAAGAGGUAUAAAGUGGUGACACUUGAUGGUAAAGUUGUCGAUACUUCUGGUGCCAUGUCUGGUGGUGGAUCACAUUUCGCCAGAGGUGCUAUGAAGUUAACUUCGAACUCAAAGAUGAAAGAUACAGAAUACUCUGAGGAGGAUCUAGAAAAGAUGAGGUCCGAGUUAGCUUCCAUGGAAGAAGAUGUCACUGAGCUCCAACCUCCAGAGACUGAGUUUUCCAUCAAACGCGUCCAGCUUGAUAUCCAAGCUUUGAUCUCGGAAAAGAAGGAGGUUCUGGCAAACUGCAAAAAGCUUCUUGCGCAAAAGGAAAAUGAAGACGGAUCCUCAGAAUUGGAAGGACCCAUCAAGGAGAAGACGAAAAGCCUUGAGUCUUUAACCGCCGAGAAUGAAAAGCUACAACAGCUGAUGGUGGAAACCGAAACGAGAAUAUCGGCCCUUCAGACCAAAAUUAUGGAUGUCGGUGGUGUCGAAUUGAAGAUUCAAGAUUCUAAGGUUGGUUCUUUGAAGGAAAAGAUCGAAUUGAAUGAAGCCAAAAGCUCACAGAAUGCAAUGGCGCUUCGAAAGUUAGAGCAUGAUACCAAGAGACAUACGAAGAUUGUUGAGGAAAGCGAGAAAGAGCUUGAAUCAGCACACGUUGAGGUUGAAAAAAUCAAGGAGGACCUCUCCGUCAGUUUGAAAGCUAUAAGAGAGAUUGAUGACGAAAUUGCAUCCCUUAUGAAUGAACGUACGGAGCACGAGUCUGAGCUUGAGAAGGUCGCCGAAGAGGUUGAGGAUCUUAAUGCUAAGAUUAAUGAAUUCAAAUCGGUGGAGAUUGAGCUCGAGAACAAGCUUGAAAAACUCAACGGAAUCGUCCGCAAAUGCCAGUCUGCUGUUGAAGUGGCCAAGCGGGAGAUCCAGAACCUUAUUGUUCGUGAUUGUGGUCCAUAUAUUGAUUGGAUGCCAGAAGAUGAGAGAACUAAAUACGAAAGUUCUGACAUUGAACAGCUUACUGAGGAUGCCAUCGAAGACGUGAACAUUGCCAAUGUCGAAGAGGAAAUUGAGACGCUCGAACAGUAUAUGAAUGAUGUGAAGGUUGAUAUUGAGGUGCUCAAGGAAUACGGUGAGAAGAAGAAGGAGCUUGAGAUUCGUCGUGCUGAUUUGAACGAAACGGUUGAACAACGUGAUGGAGUAAAGAGCUACUGCGAGGAGCUCAAGAGAAAGCGUCUUGACGAGUUCAUGGAAGGAUUCAACACCAUCUCAUUGUCCUUAAAGGAAAUGUACCAGAUGAUCACCAUGGGCGGUAAUGCUGAGCUUGAUUUGGUUGACAGUUUGGACCCCUUCUCGGAAGGUAUCAUGUUCAGUGUCAUGCCACCUAAAAAAUCGUGGAGAAACAUUUCUAACCUUUCUGGUGGUGAAAAGACUUUGAGUUCUCUUGCUCUUGUGUUUGCUUUGCACAAAUACAAGCCUACACCGUUAUACGUCAUGGACGAGAUUGAUGCUGCUUUGGAUUUCAGAAACGUCUCCAUCGUUGCCAACUACAUCAAGGACAGAACCAAGAACGCUCAGUUUAUUGUUAUCUCGUUGCGUAACAAUAUGUUCGAGUUGGCACAACAGCUUGUGGGUAUCUACAAGGUUGAUAACCGUACAAGAAGUAUCUCCCUUCAGAACAAGGACUUCUUGAAUGAAAAAGCGGUGAAAACUUUAUAA